AACAAACUACAAUGGCUGCCUGUUAGUCACGAACUGUCAUAACAUAGCUAACCUGUGCUAGCUAAGUGGCUACUGUUUAGCCAAGGCUGAUUUAGGAGGACUACUGAAGUCAGAGUUUAUCAUGUGGGAAUGUUCUAACAUGGCAUAGAAAUAACAGCUUGCGCCGGACCCCGCUACAAAAAUGUGAUGAUUACCUCGGAGGACAGUAACCCACAUUUAGACCUCACUUGGAUAUACAUUGCCCCUGUUAAGUAUUAAAGAUGUCAGGUGGGAACUUCUUCACCAAGGUGCGGUCCGCACUCAGGAGGGAGCGGAAUGACUGGGACCUGAGCGACACGGCGCACUUCGAUUUAUCCGACGAGCUGGUGGAGGAUGAGAUGCCCAAAUUCAACAAGCUGAGGGUGGUGGUAUCAGGAGAGAUGGCAGACUACUCUGCAGGAGCAUCGUCCAACGGAGUGGCAGUGAACACGCUGGUCGUGGCGGAUGAUGAUGAUGACCCCCUGCUUGACCCCUCCUCCAGCCUAGGCAGCCCAGGGGUAAACAUGGACCCCUGCGACAACUGCACCAGGAAGAGAGAGAGGAUCAGGCAGAAGAGGGUGAUGAACAGGCUUGUCGUCGCAGCUUUGCUGUAUUUCCUUUUUAUGACAGGGGAAAUUGUAGGUGGUUAUUUAUCAAACAGCUUAGCCAUUAUGACUGAUGCUGUGCACAUGCUAGCAGAUGUGGUGGGCAUUUUGUUUUCUCUGCUGGCUCUCUGGCUCUCCACCAAGCCUCCAACCAAGAGAUUCACCUUCGGACUCCACCGCCUCGAGGUGGUAUCGGCAGUCCUCAGUGUGCUGCUCAUCUAUAUUUUGACGGCCAUACUGUUCUAUGAGGCAGUUCAGAGGACCAUACAUCAAGACUUCAGUAUAGAUGGAGAUGUCAUGCUCAUCACUGCAGCUGUUGGGGUGGCUGUGAACCUCAUAAUGGGUUUCUUGUUAAACCAAAGCGGUCACCUCCACUCUCACGGUCAUGGUCACUCUCACGGCUCUGCUGCUGCCUCGGGGUCGCAGUCGGCUGGGUCUGGCCACCAGCAGAGGUCUCACGGCAGCCUGGCUGUCAGAGCUGCCUUCAUCCAUGCUCUGGGAGACCUCCUCCAGAGUGUCGGGGUGCUCAUAGCUGCAUACAUUGUCCGCUUUAAGCCGGACCUUAAAGUGGCGGACCCCAUCUGUACCUACAUCUUCUCUCUUUUGGUUCUCUUCACCACAUUCCGCAUCAUACGAGAUACUGCAGUAAUUGUGCUUGAGGGUGUUCCCAGGCACUUGGACAUUCAGCGAAUCAAAGAGGACCUCCUGAAGCUGGAGGAUGUCCAGUCGGUCGAUGAACUGAAUGUCUGGGCGCUGACAGCUGAUAAGACUGCAGCACUAGUACAUCUUCAGCUCACGCCUUCUAGUGCUAACAAGUGGGAGGACGUUCAGGCGAAGGCCCGCCACCUGCUGGUUCACACCUACGGUGUCACCAGGUGCACAGUGCAGGUCCAGACAUACAGCCAGAGACCAGUACACAACUGUGUUCAGUGCCAACAGCGCAGUGCCUGAACAGAGAGACUCAUGCUUACAUUGACUUCCACAGUGUUUGGAUGUCGCACUGCUGUCACUGUUCAGUGCCAUAGCAUGAGCCACAGCAUAUGGUAUGUAAGUGGAAAAAGACGGUUGCCAAAGGACAGUCAAUGGAAAAACAACAGGAUAAACAGUUAAAGGAUCACUGCUGCCUCUAGGGAACUUGAUGCUUGUAGCUUUCGGAGCGGCGGUUGAAUGCUUCAGCAGAGAAGAAUUGGAAAAAAACGUUUCUCUUAAUCACCUAUUCCAACAGGAAACUCUUAUUAUACAGUUUGCUUUAUCACAACAGAUAUUUUGUCAUUCGAUUUAAAUUUUACUCCUUGUUACUAGGUGAGGAUGACAUACUAAGAUUGUAUUAUUUUACUAAGGAUGUCAGUAAAUGAGAAGGUACAGGUACCUCAUGUUAUUUAAUAACUGUGAUCACAGGGCAUUUAAGAUUUACUCUUCACCACUGGCACCUUUAACAUUGUGUCCUUUUAGUAGAUAUUAAAUUUCAAAUGUGCUCAAUUAUUAAUAUUCUUCAGUCAAAGUCUACUUUAAGGCACUUUAAAAAAAAUACAACAGGCUACACCUUGAUUUUCUUGUAUUAGUCUAUACUGGACAACACUUAAAAUAACAAUGCUGACUUGAUUUUAGCACAUCUUCUAAUUAUUUGUGCUGAGCAGGCAACUGACAAUCACAGUGUGGACUGACUUUGAAUCACGGUUAACACUACAGCAGCUGGACUGACUUCCAGUGUGGUUUCAGCCUCACACUCUAUACUGACCCUUGUUUCCAAUUCAUUAAGUCACUGUCAUAAUGCAAAGAGAAAUCUGGAGUAUUUCAGAGAUGGUGUGUUUUGAGGAAGACGGGUGUGAGUUAAAAUUUGCCAUUUGGUGUUUAUAUGUUUAUGGUGUUUUCUCUGUUGAGAGGCUGCGCGGGGUUUCCAUAUCUCUAUACUAAUCAUCAAGGCAAAUCAGGAACUGGAUUACUGGCUUUGUUUAUAAUAAAGUAUUAAAUCUU